AUGAUCAAUACUUCGAUAUUAGAGAGUAUUUGUGGUAGCGAUCCUUGGGGGCCGUGGCAAAAUAAUGAUUUUACGGAUUGCUUUAGAGAAGUUGUGGUUGACGCUGGAGUCUUAUCACUAUAUUCAAUUGCUUCACUAUGUAUUUUCAUAACUUCUUAUCUUCAACUGAGGAGACAUAAAGGACCAGACUAUGAACGUUUAUUUAAUAGUCAAUUUAAUUCAAAUUACGGCUCUAUUGAACGAUCCGGAUUGAUCAACAAUAAUGAAACAGAAUAUGAUGUUUCUGAUGAUAAUUCAGACUAUUCAAAUGAAACUCUUGUCAGUAAUCAGACUUCUAAACAUAUGUUCUUCGAUGGUACCCGGCUUGUUAUCAGUAUUGUGAUAUGUUUGCUAUUCGCUUUUCUUGCCAUAAUAAGACGAAAAGAUUAUCAUGAGAAUCAAUAUGAAAAUUAUUGGCUUGUGGCUCCUAUAUUAGAAGCCAUCAUAUGGCGUAGUGUUCUUCAUAUCCGUGGAAAAUUAAAUGUGCUAUACUUUCUUUCUUUAGUUUCUUCAAUAGCAAAUAUUCAUUCACUUUAUCUGAAGUUUGGUACAGAUUUCAACUCAGAAUAUUAUCUCAAGUUAUGGAUUCUUAGUUUUGCAUUCAUCUUGGUUUGCAUUUCAAUUUCGGAGCCGCAAGAUGAUUUUGAAUUGCUUUCAAAACCAAAUUCUGAGGGCCGCUAUCUGUCCCCUGAGGUGAAAUGCUCUUUAUACGAUAAAUUCACAUUUUCAUGGAUCAAUCCGUUAAUCAGCAAGGGCUUUCGAUCUACCCUUGACGACAAAGAUGUUUUUGAGUUACCUAGUUUUGCUAGAGCAAAAAAUAUAUUGAAAAGUUUUCAUUCGUCUAAAAAGCCUUCUAUCGUCAAGUCUUUAUUUUUAUCGUUUCGAAAAGAGCUUCUUAUCCAAUUUGUUUACGCAAUGUUCUGGACUCUGAUUUAUUCUUUUGUUCCGCCUUAUUUUCUCCAAAAAUUGUUAUUAUAUGUUCAAAACUAUCCAAAUCAUAAAGAAGAGUCUUAUGUGACAGCUUAUUCAUAUGCUUUUGGUUUAUUUUUGGGAGCAGUGGUGCCAAGCCUGUGUUUCCAACAGGCAUUAUAUAUUGGCCGCCACCUGAGCGUAAAGUGCCAGGCAAUAAUCAUUGGCGAAGUAUAUCUGAAAUCUCUAUCUCGAAAAGAUACAUCAGGCGAUGUUGAAAAUGAAGAGUCUAAAAAUAAAACCGGAAAGAUCACUAAUCUUAUGGCCGUUGACGCUCAAAAAGUCUCGGAAUUAUCAGCAUAUGUUUUUUAUUUAUAUGGCUAUCCUAUACAGAUUAUCGUUUCUAUAUUGUUUUUAUACUCCUUGCUUGGUGUAUCAGCUUUGGCAGGUGUAUUGGCCAUAAUUAUAACAUAUCCAUUGCCAGCAUUUAUUAGUCAGAGAUUUCAAACUAUUCAUAAACGUCUUAUGGCCACAACUGAUAAACGAAUGGGUGUGAUUAAUGAGUUACUACAAGCCAUUCGUGUCAUUAAAUUUUUUGCAUGGGAAGACCACUUUCGGGCAAAGGUUAUGAAUGCUCGUGAUAACGAGUUAAACCAAAUCAAAAAUCGGUUAAUGGAAUGGGUUUAUAUGUGUAGCCUUUGGACGAGUUUACCUCUUAUAAUCAUGUUGUCCAUGUUCAUUACGUAUACAAAAUUAUUAGGCAAUGAAUUGACUGCUGCUGUUGCAUUUACCGCCCUUGCUCUAUUUAAUAAUCUUCGUCAUGCCCUUGACGAAAUGCCAUCAAUGCUUACUGGCAUUAUUCAAGCUCGUGUUUCAAUUUCUCGUAUUGAAAAGUUUUUAAACGAACCAGAACUUAAUCGCCAAAAUUCUAUUCCAAGUAUUAAUGAUCCUUAUAUUGGAUUUAAAAAUUCAACUUUUCGGUGGCCAGAUGGUGAAGAUUCCAUAGACAAUUCUUCCGUUUCUGUAAACUUAAAUACGCAAAAUCCAUCGAAUAAAUUCACUUUGAUAAAUUUGAAUAUAUCCUUUCCUGUCAAUGAAUUGUCAAUAAUCUGCGGGCCUACGGGUAGUGGAAAAACAAGCUUAUUGAUGGCAUUAUUGGGAGAAAUGGAAUGUUUAGACGGCCAGGUGUUCUUGCCUAGGACGAAUAUAGAAUCUUUGAAUAAAUUAGGCGGUGCGCCGAGUGGUAUUGCCUACGUUUCUCAAACAGCGUGGCUCCAGAAUGCUUCUAUAAAAGAUAAUAUUCUAUUCGGCCUUCCACUUGAUUACGAAAUUUAUUCAGAAGUUUUACGUGUAUGCGCCCUCGAUAGAGAUUUGGAGAUUCUUGAAUUUGGGGAUCAAACAGAAAUUGGCGAAAAGGGAAUAACGCUUAGUGGUGGUCAAAAACAACGUGUCGCUUUAGCCAGGGCCAUUUACUCCCAAGCUAAAAUAAUAAUUUUAGACGAUUGCCUAUCUGCUGUCGAUUCACACACCGCUAAACAUAUAUUUGAACAAUGUUUGAUGGGAGAUUUGAUGAAAAACCGUACCCGUAUUCUUGUUACACAUCACGUAGGAUUAUGUCUUCGUGGUGCUGCUAAAGUUGUAGUUAUGAAAAACGGUCAAAUAUCGGCUGAAGGGUCUGUAGAAGAAAUUUUAGCUACAGGACUUUUGGACGGUGUGACUUUUGAGGGUGAAGGAUUAAGGACCUCUGUUGAGGAUGUUAUAGAUGCGAAAUUUCAGAAAAGCAACAAAAAUAUUCGUGAAGGCGAUGGACGACUGAUCUCUGAGGAAACAAGGGCUGUCGGUAUGGUUGGAUGGAAGUAUUAUAAACUAUAUUUGGUAGCGUCUGGAGGAUUUUGGUAUUGGUUAUCGGUAUUUCUUUUGUUUGUAGUGGUGCAGAUUAUUUACGUUGGACAAGAUUGGUGGGUUCAAAAAUGGACCAAAGCCUAUAAUGAUAGCUAUAAUCAAAUCCAUCAAUUAGCUACGACCAUGUCAUGGAGGUUCACUUCUCUCUUUCUGGAUAAUUUAUACACUACAAAAAAUUUGGCAUUAUCUUACGUCUCAUCCCCUUCCCUCAAUCAUUCUUCAAUUAAUCGUCUAUCGUCAGUAAAUAUAUUAGAAGAGACCCAUGAACCCGUUAACGUUGACUACUAUCUUUGGGUUUAUGCGUUAAUUGGACUAGCUUCCAUCAUAUUAACGUCUUUCAGGGCAUAUUACAUCUUCACUGGUUCCCUAAUUGCAUCUAAGAAGUUACAUAGUGGUAUGUUAGAUAAGGUGCUGUCAGCAACACUUAGAUUUUAUGACACAACACCAAUAGGAAGAAUAUUGAAUCGAUUCUCUAAAGAUAUGGAAACAGUUGACCAAAUGUUUUCUCCUAUUAUUAUGUUUCUUCUUUAUUCGUGCUUUUCUACCGUGUCGGUGAUUUUUGCCAUUUCAAUUGUAAUGCCUCAAUUCUUAAUAGCUGGUGCUUUCAUUGCAGCAAUGUUUAUAGUUAUUGGUGCAUAUUAUAUAGCUACGUCCAGAGAUUUAAAACGCCUGGAAUCUGUUAGUAGGUCUCCAAUAUAUGCAGCAUUUGGCGAGACCAUAACAGGCGUGUCUACUAUCAGAGCAUUUGGUGCCGAAAAAAGAUUGAUGAAAAGAAUGUUGAGUCUCGUAGAUAACAAUAAUCGUCCGUACAUAUUCAAUUGGGCAUGCAAUCGAUGGCUUCAUACUCGUGUUGAUUUUGCAGGUGGCCUAGUUGGAUUUUCCACUGCUGUUAUUGUUGUAUAUAAUCUUUCCAAUGGAAUGGAUCCUGGUUUAGCAGGUUUCGCAUUGAUAAAUGCAUUAAAUUUCACCGGACAUGUAAUUUGGGUUAUUCGUAUGUAUGCCGUUCAGGAGAUGAAUAUGAACUCAAUUGAGAGAAUUCAAGAUUAUCUGAUAUUGGAAGAAGAACCACCAAGAAUUAUCGAAGGUCAUCGCCCAUCACCAGAGUGGCCUUCAAGAGGAGAUAUUCAAGUUAAAAACCUCAUUAUGCAAUAUGCACCUGAUAAUCCCCCGGUAUUAAAAGACAUUUCAUUCCACAUUCAACCUGCAGAAAAGGUUGGAAUUGUUGGUAGAACUGGGUCUGGGAAAUCCACGUUGGCCACAUCUUUUUUUAGGUUUAUGGAACCAACUUCUGGUCAAAUAAUUAUUGAUGGUAUUGAUAUUUCAACUAUUGGUCUUUUUGAUUUAAGGAGUAGGCUUACUAUAAUACCUCAAGAUCCGGUGUUAUUUAGCGGAACUUUGAGGAGCAAUUUAGAUUCUUUUGGUGAACAUGACGAUGCUGAACUAUGGAAUGCACUUCGAAGAGCUCAUCUAAUCGAUUAUGCAACUGUAGGUUCAGGCGCUGGUAAUGAUAACAAAUUAUCACAAAAUGAACAAUCACAGGGUCAAAUAACAUGGACUCUCGACGCACCCGUUAGUGAAAAUGGUAAUAAUUAUAGUCAGGGUCAACGGCAACUGAUUGCACUUGCAAGGGCAUUGGUUCGUAGAUCUAAGUUAAUUAUUAUGGAUGAGGCAACCGCUAGUGUAGAUUUUAAGACAGAUCGUAUGAUUCAAAAAACAAUACGUGAAGAGUUUAGCGACGCAACUCUGCUAUGUAUUGCACAUCGUUUAAGAACCGUUGUAGAUUAUGACAAAAUUUUAGUGUUAGAUGCUGGAAGAAUUGUAGAGUUUGAUCAUCCAUAUAUUCUCCUGCAAAAGCCAGACUCAAUGUUUCGUCGAAUGUGUGAUCGAAGUGGUGAUUUGGCAGAAUUGGUCGAAAUUGCUAAGGCAAAAUAUGACAAUGGUUAUGAAAAUAUUGGUGUUUAA